AUGAUAGCACAAUCAACAAUAAAUGGCACUGUUCACCGACUGACGUGCAGGAGCGUCCGCUCUUACCGGUCUGAGCACCUGGGAGUCCAGGAAGCGGUGAACACCCGGUCCCCUAUGGGCGGGCGACAGCUCGUCGCAGCUUUGGAGGGCGGCGUUCUAUCACGCAAGCCCGAUCGAGACGAUCCAAAAGGUCUUAAAAACCUGCCACAGAACAACGGUAAAUUUUGCUCAGGCUCCAGCCGCCUCAACCAGCUGUGUAACACUCGGACGUGCCCACUCAGCGCUGUGGACUUUCGGGCCCAGCAGUGUGCCGAGUACAACAGCAAGCCAUUCAGGGGCUGGUACUACAAGUGGAAGCCCUACACCAAAGUGGACGAUGAAGACAUCUGUAAGCUGUACUGCAUCGCUGAAGACUUUGACUUCUUCUUCGCCAUGGCCAGCAAGGUCAAAGAUGGCACCUCCUGCUCCGACCACAAAGGAGAUUUAUGCAUUGAUGGAGUGUGUGAGGCAGUAGGCUGUGACCAGAUUUUGGGCUCAAAGGCCUCUCUGGAUGCCUGCGGGGCCUGUAAGGGAGACAACUCCACUUGCAAGUUCUUCAAGGGCCAAUACACCCUUCAACACAGGGCCAACGAGUACUACUCCAUGGUAACAGUCCCUUCAGGGGCCCGAAGCAUCCGCGUUCAGGAAAUGGAGGUGUCCACCAGCUACCUGGCCACCCGCUCCCUGAAAAGGAAGUACUACCUGACCGGGGACUGGACGGUGGACUGGCCGGGGAAGUUCCACUUUGGUGGGACCGUGUUCGACUACCAGCGCUCUUUCAACAAGCCAGAGAGCCUGUAUGCCGCUGGACCUACUAAUGAGACGCUGGUGUUUGAAGUAAGCCGCCGCUGCUGGGUGAUGUCCGUUUGGGGCAAUUGA